AGCGUUCAUUGACAUCUACCGCACGCUCAACUCGUCCCUCUGUGAUGUCGUUCUUUGGGAACUCGAACACUACCGCCGCGGCAGUGGCGGACGUCGAGGUUGCAGAUCCUCCUACGGACUCCGUGUCCUCCAUGGCAUUCUCCCCUCAGGGUGACUACCUGGCCGUCGGAAGCUGGGAUAACAGCGUUCGAGUGUACGAAGUUUCCCCGGAAGGAAGGACGAGAGGGCUAGCAAUGACUAGCCAUCAAGGACCGGUCCUUAGCGUGUGUUGGAGCUCGGAUGGGACGAAGGUCUUCUCCGGUAGCGCAGACAACACGGCGCGCAUGCUCGACUUGCAAACAGGCGCAUCGCAGCAAGUUGCGCACCACGACGGAGCGAUCAAGGGGCUCAGGUUCUUUGAUUCGCCGCAAGGCGGUAUCCUCGUCACAGCGAGCUGGGACAAGACUGUCAAAUACUGGAACUUGCAACAGGCUCAGCCGAUAGCCAUCUUGAACCUUCCGGAGCGUUGCUACGCGCUCGACGUGGUGUACCCUUUGUUAGUAGUCGGAUGCGCGGAACGACAGAUUCACAUAGUGAAUCUCACAAACCCGACUACGAUACACAAGACCGUUCUAUCGCCGUUGAAGUGGCAAACGCGUACCGUUUGCUGCUUCAACUCUGCAAAUGGUUUCGCCGUUGGCAGUAUCGAAGGCCGAGUUGCGAUGCAAUGGAUCGAAGACAAAGAUGCAUCGAGCAACUAUUCGUUCAGAUGUCACCGUCAAGACGCAGUACCGAACAAGAAAGACCAGGUUCUGGUGUACGCAGUCAACGACGUUAAGUUCCAUCCCGUGCACAGCACCGUAUUCUCCACCAUCGGGUCGGACGGCACGGUGCAUUUCUGGGAUCGGGACGCGCGGACGCGGCUCAAAAGCUUCGAUCCCGCGCCGGGCCCCAUCUCUACCUCCUGUUUUAACCGCAGUGGGACGAUAUUUGCAUACGCAGUCUCAUACGACUGGCACAAAGGGUAUAUCGGUAUGAAGCCGGGCAUGCCGAACAAGGUGAUGUUGCACGUUGUCAAAGAUGACGAGGUCAAGAAGCGUACGAGUGUCAAGCGGUGAUGUUCUGGCUACCAUCUGUAUGUGACCUAGAGCCCCUGUAUGGUCUGCCUGGAGUGCGAUGCAACCUGGGUUGAAGCCGAGGCACGGCCGCAAAGAGUCAC